AUGGCUACAGACUCAGCCAGUCCGAGAUCUUUGGCGAUGGAUGUAGCCAGCCCAAAAUCUAUAGUCAGCGAGAGAAGCAUAACCUCGCCGGCAGAGAGAUCUGCAGAGCGGAGAAAUGUCAGCAUAUCUGUCAGCAGCAAUUUUAUCAAAGCCAGCGAGGAGGAAGAGACCCAUCAUGAUGCGAAGUGGGCAUCGCAAAGGAGGCAGGCGAACCGAGUUAUGCGAAGUGUUUAUGUCGCUAACUUGAUGACCGUGGUCAUCCUGGCAGAUGCUUUUUGCACGAUUGUGGAUAUCGAUUACAGAGCCAGCGAGCUUGCGACUCCCAAAAUAUACCCUCUUCUGUCCAACGUGUGCUUAGGUCUGUACACAGGGGAAGUAUUGAUUAUCUGCAUAGUGCAGGGGGUGUGGCAGGCUUUCCGGCACUGGAUGUUGCGGCUUGACAUAUUCAUUAUUGUUGCGGGCUACACCGAGCUAUUUCUUCACAACUUUGCGGCUGAUGUCAUGCUCAACAUCGGGUUUGUUCCCAUUCUGCGAAUGGUCCGGGUCCUUCGAUUGGCUCGGCUGCUUAAACGCCUUCGAGCUUUCCGAGAAUUACAGAAGCUGGUGCGCAUGAUGGCUACAUGCUUGAAAGCAUUGUUUUGGUCGUUUGUCUUUUGCUUCAUGAUAAUGACUGUCUGGGGCAUGCUGAUCGUCGAGUUCGUUCAUCCAAUCAUGAAGGAGAUCGAAAGCCUGGAGACCAGCGACAUGCCCAAUAUUGCACAUGACUGCCCGGAUUGUGUUUUGUCUACCUCUGCUGUCAUGGAAGCCAAUCUCUUGUUGUUCAAGACUGUGAUUGCCGGGGACAGCUGGGGUAAGAUCGCUGUGCCUAUAAUCCGCCAGCAUCCAGCCACAGCAAUCAUUUUCUGUGGCUCGCUGCUGACGUUGGUGUUCGGCGUUCUGAACCUAAUCGUGGCGGUUGUGGUGGACACCUUUGCAGAGGCUCGCCAGAGGGACGUAUUGAAUCUGGCCGAGGAGUUGGAGUUCAACCUUGCCAACGACGUAAAGACGUUGCAAGAAAUCUUCCAGCGCAUUGACACGGACGGGAGCGGUGAGGUUACGUUUGAUGAGCUACUAAAUGGUGCUCGUAAGGACCCGCAAUUUCAAAGCCGGCUUCGAGUCAUGGAUAUUGAUGAGGCGGACUUGCAACAGCUCUUUGAGAUGAUCGACACAACCGGGGCGGGCCAAAUCCGCUUUUCAGAGUUUGUCGCACCAUUGAGUCGUUGGGUCCACGAUUCCAAGACGGCUACCCGCUUCAUCAAGUACAACGUCAUGCGAUCUUUGCACCAGCAAGAGGAGUUGUAUGCACUUGUCCUGGAGAAUCACGAAGCACUCACGGAUCGCAUGUCCGAAAUGCAAAGCAUGAUUAACACCCUGUUCACACUUCAAAACGCUCCUGAAAAGCGAGAUUCGAGCACCUCGAGCUUUACAUGCAUAUCAACGGGAGAUGAUUUUCACGACAUCUCUUCCGAAUGUAUGAUUCCCAAGGAUGUAGUUCCCAAGACUCCAGAUGGUGACGAUGAGCCCGUGAUACAGCCGCCUGCAUCCAAGAUCCCUGCACCUCUCAUCGUUGAGGUGUCAGACAAGAUGCUUGGCGCUCAUAUGCCAACCGUCUCCAUGGAGAAGCUCGAUGAGCUUGUCAUGUCCACCACAGAGACCGCGCUUCGGAAGUGUAUGGCAUUGGUUGAGACUGCCUUGCAGGAGCGUGUGCAGAGCAGUGCAGAGGCCGCUCGAGAAGCCCAUCAGCGGGCACGCGAGAAGCCUGGAGGUUUCCAUCGCUCAUGGCGAUCAAGCAUAUCAGGCGCGGUUCGAAAUGCCUCGACCGGUCCAUCAAAAGAUGCCGAAAGUGCUCAAAGUAGCUUCUCGACACGCUCCUUCAACUUGGCCACCCAAUUGCGGGACAGCAAGUCAUGGAAUAAGAUACCCCGACGGCCUUUGGGGACCUUUGGGGCUCCUGGGAGCCCGCCUCCGUGA